AUGGUGGAGGUUGUUCGCAGCGCCCUCUUGCUCGUUAACAUACUCAACAUGAUGUAUCAGCUUUCUACGUGGAGUAUGAACUACGGCUUUGCACUAGGUGUGCAGCUCGAUGCGUGUUUCUCGUUUCUCUUGGUCUUUCUAUUACUGCUUCGUGGCACUUGUGGGCCUGUCUCGCUGCCAUUCGUCGAAAUCGCCAUCGCGCGCGUGGUUUACAUUGCGAUCUCACGCGUUCUCGUGCUGCUCGCAGUACUUCGCGUGACGUAUUGUCUAUACAUGCGCACCUUACCACUUGAUAGUUGGCCCGAUGACAACCUCAAUGCUGUUCGGCACGACUAUUUCGUUAUGGAUUCGAUCACGUGGAUGCUACAAGCGGUGGUGAACUGCUCACUAUCACAUGACCUACGAGCACCUGCUAAAAGGACAUUAUUGCCAACAAAAUUUCAAUAA